UUUCUUUUGAUAAUCCUGACCGGAAACACGUGUUUCCUUGUGUUGUUAUGAUACCGCUGAUUGAAGGCUUUAAGCAGAGCGCUUUAUGUAACUGUAACGCUACGAAAACACGCAGGGCAGAUAUGUUAGCUAGCUAGUGAACAAACAAACAAACAAACAAACAAACAACAAUUGGAAUUUGCUAAAAAAAAAAAUGUUUAUUCCUCGGUGAAGCGACAAAAUCAGAGUGAGACUCACAUGGUGGAGGAGAGACACGCUCAGGACAUUUAGUACUUUCACACAGCGACUGGAUAUUCCUCAACGUUACACUUCAGUAAAGAGAUCAAUUAGAAUAGAAACUAUAUUUUUGUAUAUAUCUUUUUUAUUUGUUUUUACUGACGGGAAUCAUGGCUGCUGCUUUGUUCAGAAGAGGACCGGGAUUAUGUUUCAGGUGUAUUCACAGGGAGUUGUGCAGAGUCGUAUGGAGACCUCAGGCUGUUCUGUUCAGCUCCAAGCCAUCAGACAGAAAACUACCACGAAGAACACACAUCAAGAAAGCCAAACCCCAGCCUGCUGUCGAUGUUGCUAAACUCUUGGAGCAACUUUUCUCCCAGAGGAGACCCGGCACAGCGCCCCCUGCUGCUGGUGAAGCUAAACCUGCCAAAGCCACUUCCAAUCCUCCCACCACCUCCUCGGUGAAGGUCUUCACCUCAAAUGUUCCUCGUUUGUCAAAGACAGAACCGGCAGAUUCUGUCUCUCCUGCUGUUUCUACUGUUUCCAAGAAAACGACAUCUACCUCUAACACAGCGCCGUGUCCCCCUCAACCAAAAUCAGCAGCUUCCGCAAACCCAAAGACUUUGUUUUCCUCUGAAACACCUAAACAGUUUCCUCUUGGUAUUAUUCAGGACAUUACAUCUGAUGGUGUUUCCGGUGUGACUGUUCCUCCAAACAGCACAAUGCCUGCAGCAUCAGGAUCAGAGGCAGCUACAGUAAAAUGCCAACCUCCAGCCGAAACAAGAGAAACCAAAGUAGAAACUGCCGCAGAGGCAGAUGAACUCACAGCUGCUCCUGUCCUGCCUUCAUCAGCUCACAUGGUAGAGAAGAACGUAGAGAAAUCAUUUGUUCCAGCUGCUACAGGAGAACCCUUGAUAGAAACUACAACAGAACCAUCAGUAGAGGCCAGCCUUCCUCCAGUAGAAGCACUAGAAACGAAAGCUUCUGUUGAUGAAGGGCCAGUAGAGCCAAUUAUAGACAUCACAGUAGAUACAGCAACUCAGGAAGUUCAAAUCACAAGCACAGAUUCAGUAGAAGCCUCAAUAGAAACCACAAUAGAACCAUCAGCAGACGCCGGCAUCACUCCUCUGGUAACAUUAGAUAGUAUAGCUGCUGUCGCUGAAGGUACAGUAGAGCCUACAAUAGAAUCUGAAGAAAGAGUGGUUGACAUCUUAUUUGGUGCCAAAGAAGAAGCUUUAAUAGAAACUACAGUUAAAUCACCAGUAGAGGCCGGUCUUCCUCCUGCAGGAGCACUAGAAACUGGAGCUUCUGCUGAAGGACCGGUAGCAUCUACAGUAGAUGCAGCAGUCGACGCUUCAACUAAAGACGCGCAAGCUAAAAGCAUUGACUUGGGAAUGGUUAAAAUGUCCCACACUACAACAGUAGAGCCGUUAUUAGAAACUACAAUAGACCCCUCAGUAGAGGUCAGCGCCCCUCCUGUGGAAACACUUGAAACUAGAGCUUCUGUUGCUGAAGGCGCAGUAGAAACUACAAUAGAAACCAAAGCAGAUACAGCAGUUCAUGCAGAACAAACAAAGACCUUAGACUCAAACACUGCAACUGUAGAAUUAGAAAGUACAGUAGAACCAACAGUAGAUGCCAUCACCUCGUCUCCACAGAGUCAAGCUGCUGUUGUUGAAGGUACAGUAGAGCCCACAAUAGAAACUGAAGGUGCUGACCACCUGCCACACGCUACCUUAAUCCAAAAUUCACACGAAUCCGAAGUCUUUCCUUUGAAAACUGAAGUAGAAUCUACAACAGAAUCAAUAGUAGAACCAUCCUCAGGAAAUGUCGCUGUGGAAAAGGUGGCGGGAGAAUCUGAACAAUUGACGUUAGAGUCUGUAACACUACAUUCAGUUGAGGCUUUGGUGGAGUCUUUAAAAACCGAUGAGCUCGUCCAAACUAAAUUUAUUCUUGAUGAAAAAGCAGGGCGAAGACUCGAGGAGCUGUUGUCGGUCCGAACAGGCGUCGGAGCCGAGCACAAAGCUGCAGCUGAGGCUGAGAAUUCGACCGAAGAUGAGAGUGAAACUUUAACUAAAGUUCUGUCAAAAUGGGACUCUCUGUCUGAAGAUCUUCAAGAGUUAGAAAGAGAAACCGACUCACUGAUGAAGGAGCUCCUCUGUCAUGUCCCUGCAGCGCUUUCCAAACCUCCUGCCACGGUAAAAACAAGCUCAGCCUCUGAUCAGCCUGUGGGAGUAAGUGGAGACUCUUCUUUGCAGAUGGAGGAGAAGGCAGGUGAAGAAGAAGCCAUGACGCUGGAAUCAAUAACUUUAGCAGAAGUGAAAGCCAAAGUUGGUGAUCUUGAAACCGAAGUUCUGCAAGAAACAAGUAACGCACUUGAGAAAGAAGCUAAUUUAUUAGCAAAAGAGGAGAAGAUGGAAAUUGAGACGGCAAUAGAGGAUGUUGUUUUUGAGGACACAACAGAGGCUGAGGUUUUAACUCUAGAAUCCAUCUCUGAGGCAACCGAUGCGAUAGAAGCUGAGACAUCUGUUAUGUUAGAGGCAACGUUUGGCUCUGAGCAAGGACUGACACAGUCACCUGACACUCUGACACCGGGACCGCAGAAUGAAAUGAACGGUCUGGGAACAGAAACAGAGUCCGGAGAGCAGGAAGGAAGUGUCUCUGAGGCCGUGUCUCUUGAGUCUGUGACGUUGGCUGAAGUCGAGGCCUCUUUGGCAACUCUGGAGGACGAGUCUCUGAGUGAAACCGCGGUUUACCUCGAGAGUGAAGCUGAAAUUCUUGCUGGAGAGAGGAAGAAAGAGGUAGAGGAAUUAACAGCGUCCGAUAACAUGAUUGAGGAUGUGAACGUCGAGUCUCUAUCUCUGGCCGAAGCUGAUGGUCUGUCUGAAGAUCUGCAGACAGAUGCACUGAUGGAGGAGCUGCUCUUUACCGUUCCUGGGCACGUAGCAGGCGUAACAGAGCCUCAGAGUCCUAUUAAUAUUUUGGAUGCAGCAGUUGCCACGGGGUCAGCCGACGUUGAUACAGCGGCUACAGACGCCAGCGGCUUUCCAGCUUCUCCUGCUCUGAAGGAGGUGCUGCUGGAACAGGAGAUGGUGGAGGAGGGACCGCAGACUGAAGCCUUGGGGAAUGAAGGAGGUACAGGGACACACACAGAUUUGGAUCCGGUUCAGAGACUCUUCCUGGAAAAGAUCAGGGAAUACAACAACAUGCGCAGGUUGAGUGGAGGACCAGUGGGGGCGGGGCCAGAUUACGAGAGAUACCUGUCAGAGGAGACUGCCAAGCUCCAGAGACUUUAUGGAGGAGGAGACCUGAGCAUCUUCCCUCAGUUCACCUUCACCGGUGAGACAGACGUGGAGGGGAGGGAGAGGUUCAGUCCCUGUGAUUCAGUGCACAACAUUUCAUGUACAGAGCCCGAAAUGGACCAGGACUCUACAUGACCCACGAAUCCUGCCUCCUGCUCUUUAUGCUCUUUGUCAGCCUCAUUAUCUCUCCUCUGUCCUCACACAAGAGGAAUCAUCCAAAGUUUGUUUGGGUGAUCGGCAGGUAAAAGAAAGGGAAAACAAUAUAUUCCUGGUUGUUUGUUUGUACUGUGCAAUAAUGAUAAAAACUAUUUUAUUUUAUUUUAUUAAAGCAGCAUUUUCCAACGA